AUGAAUAAAACAAGUGGUGCCCCAUGGGCAAUUUUAAGAUUUUUCCAGUUUGCUUCGGCAGUAUUGGUUAUGUCGUUACUGGCCUAUGCUUUACAUAAUUAUGAUUUUUUCGGUUCUAAAAAGGCUAACUUUGGUUUGGCAGUUGGUGUAAUAGGCUUGUUUUACAUCCUUUGUGUCAUUAUUUUAGUGGCUAUAAUACCCAAACUGGUAAUGGUCGGUCCAUACUUAAUUGCUGAAUGUAUUAUGUGUUUGUUAUGGCUUUGUGGGUUUAUCGUAAGUGCAGAUGUUUUUGGUAAACACUCAUGUGGUAGUUCUUUUGUAACAUUAACAUAUAAUCCAAAGUAUGGUUCUUUUAUGGAUUUUCAGGAUGCUAAUGGUCGUGUGAAUCCAUUUACUAAUAAAUAUUCUUCUAAUAACCAUAAGAAUGCAUGUAGGUCUGCUAAAACUUCUAUUGCCUUUUCAGGUUUAUCAUUCGUCUUAUUUGUUAUAAGUUGCAUUGCUUUGGGUGUUAAUGUAGCAAUGCCAAUUGUCCAUUCAUUUGGUGGUUCAGGGAUGUGGAGGACAGGUGGUGUUCUUGGCACAAGAUUACAUCGUUGGUCAGGUCUUGGUUUAACUGAUUCGGUAGUAAAUAAUCCUCAACAACCAGCCUAUGGUCCAACCGAUCUAGAACAACAAGAAGCUGCUGCAAUGGCUGGGAAUGGUGGUGUUACUCAUAUUCCUGACCAAAGAACGGUAUCUUCAGGAGAAUCUGCCAAAUCCGAGUCACCAGCAAAUGUAGAACCCAAAUUGUCUACUCAUCCGGAUAGAACAGCAGGGAUGACUUAA